UUGAAAAGUUAAUGUCGAGCCCCGGUCAGGUCUCUCUCCAUGGGCUCAUGGGAAAAAUUCAGGAACUAUAUGCAGCUUCAAAUAAUGCAGUACCAAGGCCUACACCACAGAAGUCAGCUUCAUUGGAACUUACUACUGUUGAGAAUCAAACUCCUCAAAAGUCAAAUACUUUCCAAAGUGUACCUGGUUUUGAUGAGGUGGUUAAUAUAGCCAAUUCCUUCCACAACAAGCACUCCCAAAGCUGCAGCAGCAAUUUACCAUUAUCUGAUCAUUUAGUUACACCUAGAAGAUCAAAGUGUCAUCCUGAUCCAUUAGGAGAUGCCUGUAAAGAGUUUGCUAAGAGUCCAUUUGGGCCAUCUGUAAAUGACACAGCAAUUAAAGCCAAGGUAAACAUGGCCAUUAGCAGACUAGAAGAGGAUUCCAGUGCUAAACAUAGCUCACAAAAUAGGGGUUCUCAAUUUGAUGAACACCCAAGUGAUUCUAGAAUAAGAAGCCAAGCAACAUCAACAGAUGUUAUGAGCGAGAGGAGUAGAAUGACCCUACAGAAAGGAAGAACAAAUCGAAGAGGCACUAAUAAUGUUGAUAAUGUGACAAGAGCUCAGACUGUUGAUAGCAGAGAAGAGAUUCACAUUUCUUUUGAAAAUAAUGGUGACGAUGAAAUAAAUAUUGAGACAGAAGAUUUCAACAGUGCAGGGAAUGAAAAAAACCACUCAAGAAUAAAAAGUUUAGAAAAGACAUUGAGCAAUGCUAUAUUCAGGGCAAAUUCAGGGCAACCAGCCAUGCAAGUACCAGAAGAAAAUGGAGUACCUGACAAAGAAGAUAUUUUGAAUAACACUUAUUAUUCUGUUGUGGAUGAGAACAUUCCUGGGACACCUGAAGAGAUUGUUCGUGAAAGAAGAAAGAAAAGUGCUAAAGGCCAAGGAAAACCAGAGAGAAGGAGAUUGUAUAAAGAAGAAUCGGAUGGUUCCUCGUCAGACAGGGUUGCACAGAAGUCAUCAAAGAUUAACAUUCUUAAACCGUGGUACGUUAAAGCGUUAAAGACACAAACACACAUGGGAAUCAUUGUGGAAGGACAGAGAAGUGAGGAUCCAGUGGGUGAGUGGUGGCACAGUACAGCUAUUGUCAAAAGAGUAAGUGCAAAGUGUGUACAAACUAAGAGUGGAUCUCAGUACAAGCUGCAUGGACCCAUCGAUGAAAAUGUCACCCUUCAACAAGGAUUCCCACCUGACUUUGUCAAAGCAUUUAAACAAGGCUUUCCUAAGAACUGGAUUUCCCUUGUGGCUGACUACUUCAACUCUCAAAGCAGUGAGGAAGAGGAACAAACUCAAAAACAUAUUGACAACAAGAAGGGGAAAGAGUUACAAGAGGCAGAUCAUUCUACAAUAACAACUCCAACUCAAACCAGAGCUAAGAGGAGGAACCAAACCUCAGCAUUCAAGACCCCACAGAACAGACCACUUCCCCAAGAGGUGGAAAUCAAGACAACAAGGAGUGGACGUAUGGUAAAGCCACCUUUAGCCUGGUGGAGAGGGCAGCGUAUUAUUACUGAUGGACAUCACAACUUUGAAGGCAUUCAUCCGGGGUGCGAGGAGCGUACUCCCAUUUCUUCCAUGUACAAUGUCAACAUUAAAAUUUCCAUGGUCGAGGAGCUAUCUCCAAAGAAGAAAGGACAGCUUGUUUCUAGCAGUGAAAACAGUAACACAAUGCCAAGAGUAAGAAAGGGAAAAACAGCGCGGAAUGAAAACAAGUCUAGUGGACGCAGCGGCACUGAGAACGAUACUGAUGAGAAUAUAAAAAGACCAUUGUUCUUCUCGCCAAAGAAAACAGUUCUUAAAGAUCAAGAUCAAACUAAGAAUAAUAUUAGUCCCAAAAAGCGACCUCAACGGAAGUCAUUGAACAGUAGUAAGAGUGGAAGCCAAGGAUCUGGUUGCACAGUUAGUGCAGUUGAUGAUUCAGAACACAAGAGCAGUAUAAACCAACCGUUAGUUCAAGAGCAUGAAAUGCUUUGUGAAGAUGUAUCUCUAGCCCCAAUUAUUACGCCAAAGAAAAAUACACCGCAGCUUUCGAGUUUGGACAGAAACAAUCAAAAAUGCAAGAAGAAGAGCAGCAAUGAAAAGUUAUCAGCAGAAAGUGAGAGCGAGGAGAUUCUCUCUCCAUUCAAGCGUGUUUUAAGAUCUCAGAGAAGUAAAGGCGGUGACUUGACAUCAACAAGUGCAAACCCUGACAAGUUUUCUGAUGCUGAUUCCGAGGAUUCCCAAGCAGAAUCAAGCGCUCAAUUGUCAGAAAAAAAAAAUGAAGGAGCUUAUUUAAAGCAACCCGAGAAAGAAGGGGUUCGUCUGAAAAGUUUAAUAUCCCGUAAAUCAAAUAUGGAAACUCAUGGUACAUUGAAGAACGACAAAAAAGUUAAAACGGGCUCCAAAAGAAAAGGAAAUACUCCAUCUGAUAUUGAAAAGGUUUUAGGCAAGAAACAAAAAUUAGAAGUUUGCAGACAGACAGCCCAAAAUGAGAUUCCUUGCACUGAUGGAGAGAUCAAAAUGCUCAAUGGUGCAACAGAGAACGGCAAAAGAGUUGAAACUCGAUCCAAAAGAGCAGGAAAAACUCAGACUGUUAGUGAAAAGUUAUCAGACAAGAAGCAAGCGUUGAAAGUUUCUCGACAGGCAACCAAGAAAAACAGCAGAAAGAUAAGUGAUGAAGUGCGUGAUGAAACCCCUUGCACCGAUGGAGAGAUCCAAACGCUGAAAGGCACAUUGGAGGACGACAAGAGAGUUGAAACUCGAUCCAGAAGAGCAGGAAAAACUCAGUCUGAUAGUGAAAAGAUAUCAGACAUGAAGCAAGCAUUGAAAGUUUCUCGACAGGCAAUCAACAAAAACAGUAGAGGGAUAAGUGAUGAGGUGCGUGACGAAACUCUCUGCACCAAUGAAGAGAUUCAAACCCUGAAGGGCACAUUGGAGGACGACGAAAGAGUUGAAACAAGAUCUCAAAGAAAAGGAAAAACUCAAUCUAGUAUUGAAAAAGUUUUUGGCAAGAAGAAAGUAUCGGAAGUCUCCAGACAGACAGAAAACAAAAACCACAGAAGGAGAAGUUUUGAACUGUCUGAUAGAACUCGUUCGACUGAUGAAGAGAUAAAAAAGCUGAAUGGUACAUCGAACAACGGUAAGAGCGUUGAAAUUGGCUCCAAAAGGAAAGGAAAAACACAAUCUGAAAGUGGAAAAGAUUCAGGCAAGAAAAAAGCCAUGAAAGUUUCCAGACAGACAGCAAACAAAGACAGCAAAAAAAGAAAUGAUGAAUUGUCUGAUGAAGCUCCUUGGACUGAUGAAGAGAUCACAAAGCUGAAUGAAGCACUGCACUCCAUUCCCGGCAGUACGCCUCUGUUUUGGCAAAAGAUCUCUAGGAAGGUAGGAACACGGACUGCACAGGAGUGUCAGUCCCAUCACCAGGGGCAUGUUCUCGUUUCCAACAGGAAGAAUCCAGCAAUCAAGAAAGGCCCUGCAAAGACGAAGGAUCCGGAGCAGAAAGCUGCCUCCCAACAGAAUGUGAAGAUAGUCACCGGUGGAGUUGGCACCAUCAAGCGAAAGCGAGAGCUUCGAUUAUUACUGGAGCAGCAGGAUGUAGACUACGAAGAUGAUAUCUUUGACUCGACUCCAUUUAAAAGAAAGAAAGAUCUGCAGCUUCCGUUCAAUCUGAGCGCUCAUAGCAGCGACGAAGAAAAUAAUGAGGAUGAUGAUCAGAGUGACACAGAGCAUAGUGCUUCACAUAAGACACCCAGCAGUCGCACACCCAGUAGCCGUUUCCGUCCUUUGGGUCCUUUGUCGAUAUCGUCUACUCCUGGAGCAGAGUUUGUCAGUCCCAGUCUCUUGCAGCUUGUCAACAGAAACGACAUGGAUCACUACAUUUACAGGAUGCAACAAGGAAAGCGAGGGACACAAGCAUCUGGAAAACAAAAGUCAAAGCUGAUAAGGACAUCUACUCCCAAGAAACCGUCAACGAGAAGCCAUUUCCCUGUAAUAACCGGGUCAGACUUGUUUGAAGUACAUCCUGCAUCAGAUCAAGAGUCCGACGACGGAUCCCAAGACGAGUACUUUUCUGACGAAUAACAGAUGAACGCGGCGCAAAGUGCAAAGUCAUGGGUGCUAUGGACAACUGUUUAAAAAAUGUCCCAUCGAAAGCAGUUUAAUGCGGUAGUUUUUAAGAAGAACAAGAGAGCCAUCUUAUUGUGUUUUUUAAUCCCAAAGCCCGAAUCUUAACUACUCUGUGCAGUUCCUCUAAAUUUCUCGUGGUACAGUAGUUUGUUGCAGUAUCAUGAAAACUUCAUCAGGCUCUCGCAUUUGUCUUUUCUAAUCACAUCGUGUUCUAAUUGUGUUUUUACAUUGUAAGAAAUAGUUACAUUUUACUUGCGUCAUGUCAUGGAGGUAUAGGUUGUCUUACUCAAAACCAAGUUGGGGAAGCAAUUCAUCGCUCGAGAAGAUCUACUACUAAAUCAUGUCGCCAAAGAUGCAGUUUACCAUGAGACCUUGGCACCGUCUUAAAAAGUUUUCAAACUAAUUGAGUUAGAGUACAUCUUAUGUACGCUCUAAGACACUUUAGUUGAGACACCUGCUUCCCUGGGCCCCUUCCAUGUUUUCCUGUGAAACACUGUGUACAAAAAGGAAGGGAGAGGGUGCGAGAACAGCACAUCUGAAGUUCCAACGAGGUGUCCCAACUUAUUAUGUCUGAGAGUACAGUUCAUUUAUUCCAAGAUUGAUGUUUAAAAUAAACACAUUUAAGUAUAAGCAUGAGGGCAAUGUUGGUGUCGAGAAGAUGGAUUAAGACAUUCCCUAACCGUGAGCUGUAACAGGACUCAUCGUAAUCAUGUGGUAUAUACAUUGAAAUAUCUAACCGGUCAGAAGCACGUGUGUUGCUAUCGAUUCAGUUUAUUCAUAUAAUGUGUUAACGAACUGUUUAAAUUACUCAAGGCAACGCUCCGGAUACCGAGUUUUUAUUAACAUUUACAGAAGUGAUAGUCAAAGAUGUGGAUAGUCUUUAGUUAAAUUGUUGCUUUUACUAUGUUUUACUUUUACUGGAAUUCGCCUCUCUUAACAUUGACAGUGGUGAGAGACCUGUGUACCUGUCGUAUGUUUAAUAAAUGUGUUUUGAGGG